AUGGCGACGAAUUCGUAUCAUUUCCAACACUACUCGAUGCUUGAAGCUCUACGUAUGCAGAUUCCAAGCGAUUCCGCGCGUUCCAAAUGCCAGCGCCAAAGAUCGGAACAGAGAGGAACAAAUCGUAUUGGAAUGGAAAGACAAGAUGGUUGGGAACGAAGUUGGCAACGGCUAAGCGUCAAGUCGUGUUUUGUUUCGUCGAGGUAUAAAUUCGAUAGGAAAGUACCGCGUGGACGACGAUGCCACGGGAAAGGAAAGUUUUCGCGGUGUUUCACGUCUGAUCGUUGCGCGACGAUGCGGCUCGUUCAACACGUGCUCGGCAGCUCGAUCCCAAUGUUCGCCAACAUGGCGAUUCUGUUCUACGUUCUUCAGCGCUUUCUAGCGGCUACGAGACUGCGGCGCAAAAUCAUGACGGAGAUGAGAGAAUUCACCACGAUAGUUCGACGGGCGCGCGACAACCUCCGUUACAUCAGCGAACGAGUGACCAUGGGAAUGAACGAGAUCGAAGGGGACGUCGGCAAGGAACUGCGAGUGACCGGUCGGAUAACGACGCAGAGCGCGAACCUGGCAGCGGUGUUACGACGGUUCACGGGCCUCGAGGAGAACGUGAUCGAGCUUUUCGUAACUCGAGUGGCAGAAAUAUCGGAACUUGACAUUCGCCGUAGGCGUCGCAUCGGAGAAGCGUCGGAAGAAGAAAUCGCUACGUCAUUCCGCACAGCUAGAAUCGAACGAACAUUAACACGUCGACUGCCAGACGAAUUUUCCAUGCUUUGUCCAAGGCAAACUUUUCAUUGUGCGAUGCGUAUUAUGUUGAAAUAUUAUUUGCAGAAAAUAAAAUGAGUUAUAAAAUCGUGCUUGAAGCAUUUUUCGCGGUGAAGGUCACCGGUGACCCCGACGGCGUUGUAGACAAUUAUUACGAUUGUUCUUUUUUCAAACAAUCUUGCUAUGUACUCUUAAUAUCUGCUGCGUCGCCGGUCACCGGUGGCCCCCGCGGCGCUAUAGCUAAAUCGAGUGCCGGUCACCGGUGACCCCCAUGGCAGUCAACGUGUUAAACACAACAUAAUAUCACGGCGUGAAUAAUUUGCUUGUGAUUGUAAAAUUCUUCCAAAUAAAAAGAAAAAAAGGGAA